AUGCCUUCCAAAUCGAUUCAGCUUGGCCACGAGGCAGGCACGAGCCUUUUUUCGUCUUUUGUCAAGUCCCAGUUCCUUACUAGAUCUCAACGGGCACCAGAAGAUACAAAUCUCACUGGUCAAGUUGCAAUCAUUACCGGCGGCAGUUCGGGGCUGGGAUACUACUGCGCUCGUCACCUUCUUUCCCUGAAACUGUCAUGUCUAAUUCUGGCUGUGCGAUCAGUAGAGAAAGGCAAAUCUGUUGCCGAAAAGUUCCUUCUCGAUUACCCAACUGCCAAAGUAGAGGUCUGGCAUCUCGAAAUGACCUCGUAUAACUCUAUUCAGGCAUUUUGCCGACGCGUGCAGGCAGACCUCCCUCGACUUGAUAUCACUAUUCUUAACGCGGGUGCUAUCAAGGGCGAAUUUGGUCUUUGUUCAACUGGUCACGAAGAGGUAAUUCAGGUGAAUUAUCUGUCUACGUUUCUUUUGGCAAUUCUUAUGCUUCCAAUGGCCAAAGACAAAGCGCCUCUUGGUACCCCGGGCAGACUUACAAUCGUGAGCUCUGGAGUAGCCCUGUGGGCAAAGAUGCCAAAUCGUAACGAGAGACCGUUGCUGUCUUCGUUCGAUGACACUAAAGUCUUGCCAUGGGACCCAGUGGAGCGAUACUUCUCAUCCAAGAUGCUGGGGCAUCUGUUCUUUGUGCGGAUGCUCGAGUAUCUCAACGCAGACGACGUAAUUGUCAACAUGGUUGAGCCAGGAAUGUGCAAAGGCUCGGAACUGCACCGAGAUGUGACGGGUGGUGCUGGUAUCUUCCUCGACAUUUACAAAGGUUUGACUGGGCGGAAACCUGAAAAUGGGGCUUGGACUUAUGUAGACGCCUGUGUGGUAAAGGGAAAGGAGUCACAUGGAUGUUUCUGCAUGGACUGGAAAAUUCAUCCAUUCACCAAACUCGUCUAUCUACCAGAAGGCAAACCGAUCAUGGAUAUACUGUGGGAAGACACAAUGGCUGAGCUUGAGUUUGCUGGAGCACGUCAAAUCUUGGAAAAAUGUAAAAGAACAUCGAGUGAUAACGACUUGUGA